AUGACGUUAACGCUGAUUAUACUCAGUUACAUAUCAAUGAUGUGCUUAUCGCAAGAUCUGGAAAUGCAUCAUCGGCACUACGAGCACGACCCAAGGGUACCACUCAGGUAUUACUUUUGCUCUUUUCUGCAGCACUACAUUGUUACAAUUCACGAGGUCCUGCUCUGGAUGGAGCCACCACAUGAAUUCCGCCAAAAAGCGCUUUCUGAUAAGUGA